AUGGAGACCCUGGAAGCAGUGGAGUUGGUAGAAGGAAAUGCAGACAAGACGACCAGGAUAGGGACGACGCUAAGCCCCGAGAUGAGAACGAAACUCAUAAAAUUCCUUAAGGGGAAUCUAGAUGUCUUUGCAUGGAGUCACGAGGACAUGCCAGGCAUAUCUCUAAAAGUCAUCCAACACAAGCUGAAUGUGGACCCCAGCAGGAAGCCCGUUCAGCAACGACGAAGAACCUUCGCUCCAGAACGAGAUCAGGCAGUAGCCGAGGAAGUAACCAAACUCUUGACGGCUGGAUUCAUUCAGGAAGUAUAUUAUCCAGAAUGGCUCGCCAACGUCGUCCUGAGAAUGGUAAACAGAAUGUUCAGCCAACAGAUUGGCAGAAACAUGGAGGUGUAUGUAGACGACAUGCUCGUCAAGAGCAAGGAAGAGCUCACACAUCUGGACGACUUGGAGGAAACUUUUGCAACCCUCAAGAAACACCAGAUGAAACUGAAUCCAAGCAAAUGUGUUUUUGGAGUAGCCUCGGGGAAGUUCUUAGGAUUCAUGGUGUCCCAAAGAGGGAUAGAAGCAAAUCCAAAAAAAGUACGAGCAAUAAUUGACAUGGCCUCCCCCAAAACCGUCAAGGAUGUUCAAAAACUCACAGGCAGAAUAGCAACUCUAAACAGGUUCGUCUCUAGGGCCACAGACAAAUGCCUGCCCUUCUUUAAGACAUUGAAGCAGGCCUUUGCUUGGACCGACGAGUGCGAAGCAGCCUUCCAAGAGCUAAAGCAAUACCUGAGCAGUCCGCCUCUCCUAAGCCCAUCCAAAGAAGGAGAAAACUUAUACCUGUACCUGGCGGUGUCAGCCUCGGCAGUAAGUGCAGCUUUGAUUAAAGAAGAGGACAAGAAGCAACUCCCGGUUUACUACGUCAGCCAAGCUUUCCAAGGGGCUGAGUCCAGAUACCCAAGGAUCGAAAAGAUUGCGUUUGCACUAAUAGUGGCCUCGUGCAAGCUCAGGCAAUAUUUCCAGUCAAAUCCUAUUCUCGUAAUGACGGACCAGCCAAUCAAGAAGUCAAUGAGCAAGCCAGAAGCAGCAGGGAGAAUGGUCCAAUGGGCAAUUAAACUUAGUCAAUUUGACAUUGAAUACCAUCCAAGAACAGCAAUCAAGGCACAAGCUCUGGCGGACUUCAUCGCAGAAUUCACGUUCCCUGACGAAGACAGUAUUAUCGACGAAGCAGAUAAACUAAUAAUACAGACUGAUGGUUCGUCAGCCCAAAAGAAGGGGGGAGUAGGGGCCAUCAUAACCACCCCCGACAGAGAAGUACUGAAAUAUGGAGUCCAGCUAAAGUUCCCAGCUACCAACAAUGAAACUGAAUACGAAGGAAUACUGACGGAACUAAGGCUUGGGAAAGCUCUUGGUGCCAAAAAUUUGUUGAUCCAAAGUGAUUCGAAGCUAGUGAUUGGACAGAUCAAGGGAGAAUACGAGGCAAAAGAAGAAAGGAUGCAGAAGUACCUCAAGUUGGCAAGGCAGUUAGCCCAGGAAUUCGAUGCAGUGGAGUUCAUACAAAUUCCGAGAAAUCAGAACAUGGGGGCUGACGAAGUGUCAAAACUAGCGUCGUCAAAAGAAGAAGGGACUAGCACGGACCUAGCGAUGGAAGUCCAAAAACACCCUAGUAUCGAGGAAUUUGCGACCUUCACCAUCCAGGGCGCCGACACCUGGAUGACGCCCAUAGUGUCAUUCCUCCAGGACGGGCACCUACCUCAAAACUCUGAAGAAGCUAGAAAGAUCAAGAAGAGGGCAGCCAGAUUCACGAUCCUGAAUGACGUCCUGUACAAGAGAGGCUUCUCAAUGCCCUACUUAAAGUACGUCGACGAGAAAGAGGCCGAAUACAUCUUGGAGGAAGUACACAGAGGAGUUUGUGGCGACCAUGCCGGCUCCAAGUCCCUAGUAAACAAAGUAGUAAGGACAGGAUAUUUUUGGCCAACCAUGCAGGCGGACGCUGCUGAGAUCGUCAGGAGGUGUGACAAAUGCCAACGAUACGGGAAUGUGCAGCGGCUUCCAGCGGAGAAAAUGACGACCAUAUCUUCCCCAUGGCCAUUUGCACAAUGGGGAAUCGACAUCGUCGGUCCAUUGCCCCAAGGUAAAGGUCAAGUUCGGGAUUCCCUCGACGAUCAUAUCAGACAAUGGAAGUUCUCAUCCCCAGGGCAUCCUCAAGCAAAUGGGCAGACGGAAGUGACGAACAGGAUGCUGCUCAAAAUCAUCAAAACCAAGCUGGACGAAGCAAAAGGUGUCUGGCCAGAAGAAUUGCCCAGUGUCCUGUGGGCUUAUAGAACCACAGCCAGAACCCCGACAGGAGAGACACCGUUCAAGCUUACUUAUGGCACAGAAGCAGUGAUCCCAGUGGAGGUCGGAGUAACUAGCCUCAGACGAGGAACUUUCACAGAAGGACCCAAUGAUGACGAAUUACGACUCAAUCUGGACUGCUUGGACGAAGUAAGAGACAACGCAUCCAGUAGGAUGACAAAGUAUCAAAGAAAGAUGGCCGAGUAUUACAACAAAAGGGUCAAACUCAGGCGGUUGGACAUAGGUGACCUCGUCCUCCGCAAGAUCACUGCAGCAACCAAAAACCCUACUCAAGGAAAACUGGGCCCUACAUGGGAGGGUCCUUACCGCGUCAUUCACUACUCAAGACAAGGAAGCUACCAUCUGGAAACCAUGGACGGACAAAAGCUCCCUCGGUCGUGGAAUAUUGAGCACUUAAAAAAGUACCACGAGUAA